AUCGACAAGCAAACCGGAGAACGUCUCGACGACACGCUGGUGCUUCACAGUCUUGCUCACGACUCUUUCGACACAGUCACGGAAAUCUUGAACAAGUAUGAAUUGGAUCCCAACCGCCCACCUGGAGAAGCUCAGGUUGCGAGCUUGUCGCCUCAACUAUGGAGCCGGAUCGCAGAACAUCUAAGCUUGGUUGAUCGUGCUUGCCUUGCACUCGCAUCCAAGACUUUGCUCGACCGCAUGGGCUCUUCAUAUUCACAAAUCAUCAACCACCCCGACAACGCAGAAUACAGAUUCUCGCUCUUGCACAGGCUUGAGGAUCAAAUGCCGAAUCACCUAUUUUGUUUUGUAUGCAAUAAAUAUCAUGUCCGGACUAUGAAGGGCCAGGAGAAGCUCAAGCCCGCCAGCGUACUAAAUCCUCUCUUCGAUUGUCCGAACGCCACGAAUAAUCUCAUGCCUCAACCGAGGCUUCGCAUUGCUACGGGCCGAACACUUCCUUUCAACUUCGUUCAACUGGCACUAAAAGGCAAGAAGUACGGCUUGGAUUAUGGAAUUGACGCAACAACGAUGGCACGCCUUUGGAGAGAACAAUACGAGCCCAGAUGGAUCCACAGCUCCCGUUACUUUAUAUUCAAGGGCCAUCUUCUCAUGCGCGUUCAGAGCACAUGUUAUACAAAGCCUGGAUUAACGCCGGCCGCCGAGCGUAUGCUGCUCUAUAGCCGCGAGGAUUACCAGCCUUACUUCUCAGUAUGCGCUCAUUGGCGAGAUGGACUGUUGAUGAACAUCUGUAAAUGUGCCUUGGGCCAUCUGCCAGUUCCCGCAGAAAAGUCUCUCCAUGAAGGUCUUGCAAAGGUGGCUGGCAGAAGAACAUCGCACGGUGCAAUCAUCACACUCUGCUCGAACUGCCGUCCUAUGCGUCGCUGCCCUCAGUGCCCUACUGAAUACCUGGUCGAAGUCAAGUUGGCCGAAGAUAGAUCCGAGAAAGACCCAAUGAAGCUGUUCAAGCAUGCCAUCGUGGUAACGCGUUGGAGCGACCUCGGUGAUGGUUCCUCUCCGAUGAGCCCAGAGUGGGCGGCUGUCACAGGCGCAAUCGACACUUACGAUUCCAUCGCCACCAUUGGCACACGAGCCGUUUCGGGCAUUUUUGAAAGUCAGUCCGCUGAUACUGGUCCUGGACAGAGGAUCUUGAAUCUCAACCCUAAGGAUGAACACAAGGGAGAGGAAGGCAACGACUGGUACUAG